GGUGAUGAGUAGUAGACUUGACACUUUAGUGGACCAGCGGCACCAGACAAUGGGUCGCCGUCUGGACCAGUACAUGUAUUUUAUGGAUUAAUUGUCCAUUUCCGGGUUCCGUCAUGGCGCCGUCUAUCACUCGACUGUGCCGCAGCGUGGCUGUCUCGACGUGGCUCGUCUCCUCCCUUUGCUCCGUACACCUGUUGUGCUUGGACUUCACCGUGGCCGAGAAGGAGGAGUGGUACACGGCCUUCGUUAACAUCACCUACCUGGACCCGGUGACCGCGAGGCCGCGGAGCGACAAGAGCGAGUGCGGCCGCUACGGCGAGCAUUCGCCCAAGAAGGAAGCCCGAGGGCUGGUGUUGGCGCCGUGGUUGCCGCAGGAGCGACAGAUGUGCGAGCCGACCGCUCGCUUCCCACCGGCGGCGUCGCGCUCCGAUACCGCCUGGGUGGCGCUGGUGGCCGCGGGGAACUGCUCUUACCGGGAAAAGAUCCGGAACGCGGCCGGACACAACGCUUCGGCUGUGGUCGUUUACAAUAUGGGCUCCAGUGGUACCAACGACACUAUUACCAUGCCCCACUCUGGUACAGGUGACAUAGUGGCCAUCAUGAUCCCGGAGCACAAAGGUCGGGAAAUCAUGGCGCUGCUGGAGCAGCAGGUGGCGGUCACAAUGCACAUCACUGUAGGGACACGCAACCUGCAGAAGUAUGUGAGCCGAACAUCGGUAGUCUUUGUCUCCAUCUCCUUCAUCAUUCUCAUGAUAAUCUCCCUCGCCUGGCUUGUCUUCUACUAUAUCCAGAGAUUCCGCUAUGCUAAUGCCCGAGACCGCAACCAGAGACGCUUAGGGGACGCUGCCAAAAAAGCCAUCAGCAAGCUUCCAGUACGCACCAUUAAGAAAGGAGACAAGGAGGCUGAGCGCGACUUCGACAGCUGCGCCGUGUGCAUCGAGGCUUAUAAGACUAAUGAUGUCGUCCGGGUGUUGCCGUGCAGGCAUGUAUUCCAUAAGCAUUGCGUGGACCCCUGGCUGCACGACCAUCAGACGUGUCCCAUGUGUAAAAUGAAUAUACUCAAGGCUUUGGGAAUCUUGCUUAACCCGGACUGCUCUGACGAGUCGCCGCCAGACUACGAGUUUAUGCCGGGGGGUCCGUCCGCCAACCCGGCCGUUAGCGCGGUUGGGCAAAUCAGUGUCAGCGAGAGCUCCGUGGCACUGGAGCUGGCCCAGAGGGCGACUCAUCCCGACGUGGAGUUGGCGCCCCAGGCAGAAGAGAACUACUUUAUUUCCAGCAGUGAGCACCAGCUGCCACUCAGCAGUGAUUCCGACUCUUCCCUCAACAUGCUAAGCGGGACACAAGCGGACCCCGUCAGAGCCGGACAAAUUUCGGAGAAGGAAGAAGAGCAGGACCGGAGCACAACUACUUGACUGAGGCUUGUAAACUCACGCUUAAACUAUCAUCUUCUGGUUGUUUUAACACCCAAAUAUUUCCAAAUGAAAGGGUUGACCAUCCACUUUUCUGCACAACGAAGCGACCCUUUUCAUUGUUUUGACGUCCACUUUUCCCAGUGAGAGGUUUUCAGUAAAGACUGUGGAAAUUGUUGCCUUUCCAAGCGACUCAAAGGAUGAAAACGGACGCUCCCUCCGGUACGAAGCUUUUAAUUAUCCAGAAAUAUAUUCUGUUCGGGGGGGAUCACUGCCAGUUUUUUCCUUUGGAGUUGAAAUGACAAGCAACAUUUGGACCGGUUCACCAUGUCGCCUACGUGCGCUGACUCACGCUCUCGUACAGACUUUUUUCGCACAAGUGAUGUCAACCUUGUCGCCAAUAUGUCGUCUUCGAGUCCCUGCCAAGUGUAUUUUUUCUGUUCUUAAGGGAAAAAUAAGGGGACCAAAUAAUGGGACGCCCCGACUGCUGCCACGUAGGAAAUGCUGCAUUAAUUUUUGAUGUCAUAUCAAUCCGAGUUUGGGUGAUGUCCUUUCUUACAGUGUUGCACCGAUACCAUUUUUAGGCUGAACGAUACCGAUUCUCAUCAGCCGUUAGGAUACUAGGUGUGUGACAAUAUACAGUGGUAUGAAAAAGUAUCUGAACCUUUUGGAAUUUCUCACAUUUCUACAUAAAAUCACCAUCAAAUGUGAUUUGAUCUUUAUCAAAAUCACACAGAUGAAAAAACUGUCUGCUUUAACUAAAACCACCCAAACAUUCAUGGGUUUUCAGAUUUUAAUAAGGAUGGUAUGCAAACAAUGACAGAAGGGGGAAAAAUAAGUGAGUGAACUAUCACAUUUAAUAUUUUGUGCCCCCCCACCCCUUUGGGAGCAAUAAUUUCAAGCAGACGCUUCCUAUAGCUGCAGAUCAGUCUGGCACAUCGAUCAGGACUAAUCAUAGCCCAUUCGUCUCGAUAAAACUGCCGUAGUUUAGUCAGGUUCCUGGGAUGUUUGGCAUGAAUUGCUGUCUUUGGGUCAUGCCACAGCAUCUCAAGUCUGGACUUUGACUUGGCCAUUCCAGAACUUGUAUUUUGUUCUUCUGAAACCAUUCUGAAGUUGCUUUACUUCUGUGUUUUGGAUCAUUGUCUUGUUGCAGUAUCCAUCCUUUUUUUUUUUUUUUUAGCUUCAACUGUCCGACAGACGGCCUCAGGUUUUCCUGCAAAACAUCCUGAUGAACUUUUGAAUUUAUUCUUCCAUUAAUGAUUGCAAGUUGUCCAGUCCCGGAGGUAGCAAAACAGCCCCAAAUCAUCAAACCCUCCACCAUGCUUCACGGUGGGGAUGAGGUGUUGAUGUUGGUGAGCUGUUCCAUUUUUACUCCACACAUGACAUUGUGUUACUCCCAAAUAAUUCAACUUUGGUUUCAUCAACCCACAAACUAUUUUGCCAAAACUUCUGUGGAGUGUUUAAGUGCCUCAUUGCGAACAUUAAACAAGCAACAAUGUUUUUUUUAGACAACAGUGGCUUCCUCCGUGGAGUUCUCCCAUGAACACCAUUCUUGGCCAUAGUUUUACAUACAGUAUAGUUGAUGUGUGCACAGAGAUAUUGGACUGUGCCAGUGAUUUCUGUAAGUCUUUAGCAGACACCCUAGGGUCCUUUUUUACCUCUGAGUAUUCUGCGCUGAACUCUUGUCGUCAUCUUUGGUAGACGGCCACUCCUUGGGAGAAAAGCAACAGUGCCAAUACGCUCUCCAUUUGUAGACAACUUCUCUGACUGUCGAUUGAUGAACAUCCAGACUUUUAGAGAUGGUUUUGUAUUCUUUCCCAGCUUUACACAAAUCAACAAUCCUUGAUCGCAGGUCUUCAGACAACUCUUUUAACCGAGCCAUGAUGCACAUCAGACAAUGCCUCUCAUCAAGGCAAUUCUUACCAAGUGUGUGUUUUAUAGUGGGCAGGGCAGCUUUAAACCACUCAUCAGUGAUUGGGCACACACCUGACUUAAAUUGUUUGGUAAAAAUUGGUUUCAAAAGUCUCCCUAGGCAGAUGAUUCACUUACUUAUUUUUCCCCCUCCUGUCAUUGUUUGCAUACUAUCCUCAUUAAAAUGUGAAAACCUAGAAAUGUUUGGGUGGUUGUAGUUAGAGCAGACUCAUUUUUCAUCUGUGUGAUUUUGACAAAGAUCAGAUCACAUUUGAUGGUGAUUUUAUGCCGAAAUUCCAAAAGGUUCAGAUACUUUUUCAUACCACUGUAUCGCAGCAGUGAUGUAUAGCGAUACUUAUUGUUCUGCCAAGAAUCGAUAUAUCGUUUAGUCUCGUGAUGAACUAAUUUGAAUUCAUGGCAGAAGCAUGAAAACCAUAAUGGCCCUACUAGGGCGGCCAUGUUGGUAGAGGCGACGAUUGCGUCCAUGUUAAAAUGAAGUCAUAACAUUCUUAGCUCAUUUUUAAAAGACACUGCUUUAGUCAUUGUCUUUGACAGGGCUAGAAGUCCAAUCCAUUGGAAGUGGGAGGGAUGGCAGCACUGCCACCCUCCCGCUUCCACUGGAUUGGACGUCUACCAAUGAUGAAGUCAUUGACGGUGUGCUUAGCUGACAGCCAUCUUGUGUAGGGCGAAACUUGGAAACAAUCUGGAAAAGAACAUAAUGCACAGCAUUUAAAUGCCCUAUCGGUACAGAUACGAGUAUCGGUAUCGGUGCAACACUACUAUCUUAUAGGUGUGUUUUUUAAUCAACUGCAGCGAGUACCAGGUUUUAACCAGGUAUCAUGGGUUAACUCACCAAAAAGUCUCAAGAAGCUACGCCAUGAAAUCAAUCAAUUUGUUUUGAUGAGAUCAUUUUAGGGUCAUCUUGGACUUUAUUUUUGGUAAAAGUAGUGAGGAUUUUGUGGGGGGGGAAAUUAGCUCCCGAAGCCAGUUUUACGUAGUUGCAUGUUCAUCAAGGGUUGACCCACCAAAAAGUAUGAGGUCAUGCUGUAACAUGAACUGUUUUGGUUUGAAAGUACGCUUUUAGCCUUAUUUUUGAUCAUAGUAGUUAGAAUUUUUUGGGGGGGAAAAAAAACAGCCUCCGAAACCAGUUUUACCUAGUGGCAUGAAAUUUGGUAAGCAUGUCAAUCACGAGUCGACACACCAAAAAGUCUCAAGAUGCUAUGCUUUAAAACAGUGGUUCUCAAUCUGGGUUCGAUUGAACCCCAGGAGUUCGUUGAGUAAGUCUAAGGCAGUGCUUCUCAAUUAUUUUCUGUUACGCCCCCCCAAGGAAGACUUAAAUGUUUCGCGCCCCCCCCAAACUCUGCCGCCACUAUAAAUAGUAUCAUUUGUCUAUAAUUUUACUAUUAUAAGUACGCCUCUGCCCCACACUUUUUUUCCUAUUAGAGAAAAUAAGAGAUCAACUUAUAAAGCAUAACUUUAUUAACAUUUUCUUUGUAACCGAAACACUUAACGCGCAUCAAUUUGCCUGAAUUAAAAAAAAAAAAAAAAAGUCACAUCCAAACUGUAAAAAUACACUGAAGGUACAUUUUUGACCAUUUGAUACUGAAAAAAAAAGUAAUAACAAAUUCAAAAAUGAUUUGAAACAUUAACUCAUGGGGACAAUAUGCCAAAAAAUUUGACCGAAAAAACAAAACUGAAUAGAAGAAAAAAAAAAAUUUGUGUCUUUGGACAGAAGGACAAUUUUUAUUUUCGCUGCUCACUGCUCACAGUAUCACCUCCAGUUUGCAAUGGUGAGGGGUUAUUUUGCACUGAGCAUGCUAACAGUGCUCACUGGUUUACUGAUACAACACUGACAAAGUGGGACGAUUGUUGGCAAUAUUCGGCACGUUUUCGCUGAAAAACAACCAAGCGGCUUAUCAAUGAGAUUGGGGUCCAAUGUCUUUAAGUGGCGUCUUAAUUGAUUUGGCUUCCGGCUGUCCGCUAUAAUCAUUUUUAGACACAGCAAACAGUGGUCUUUCCUCAUCUACCACUGUAUUAAAUGUCAAAGGCAAACGGCCCGAAAAAAGCGUAUUCUCGGCGGCCGAGGGAGAACCGUAAGUGAGGGUGGUCGUCGUGACGAUCCCAAGCCGAAAAUGGCACUUCUCGGGCGGACACGUGAGAACCGGAGAAGACAGUGGGUCGCUGCGUGAGUCCGGCCGGAAAACGGCUUUCGAAAACGGCACACAGCUCUCCAGCUCUUCAUGAGUCUCUUCCGUGUGAUCUUGCUUACUUCAAAAAUACUGCGCGCACUUUGAAAAUUAGAGUGCCACUGCCACCCACUGAGUGGAUGUGCAAGUACACUUUAUUCUAGUACGGCAAAAAAAAAAGCAUGUUCCCCGAGGUCACACGCACCACCCCAGGGGGGCGCGCCCCACUAUUUGAGAAUUACUGGUGUAAGGGGUUCAGCGAAGGUAAAGAAACACAGAGCCUUAUGUUCAUACGCUGAUUAAAUCUAGGCAAAGUGGCUUUUUAGACAAGGUUUCGGACUUGGUUGCUCCCAAUUUAUAGGCUUAGUUUCUUUUUUAACUGCUAGUCCUCAAUCUGAUGGAAGGAGGAACUGGUUUGCUCAGUGGAAGGUUGACUCGCACUUGGUAUGAGGGAAUACAACAGACCAAUGGGCAGCGUGUUCUGAAAUUUUGACCUGUUUAAAAAACAUACUGUCGAAAUGAGAAGAAUUCUGAACGGGAAUUAGCUCAAUUAUUAGCUUGCUAGCUCAGAUAUAUUGGUUUUGAAUUUGAAAAAAAAAAAAAAAAAAGCGUUAUUUUAUUUAAUUCCGAAGGGUUCGGUACCUUUAGCAAGGUUAAGAACCAGUCCUUUAAAAUAUACUAUUUUGUUUUGAAGGGACCAUUUUAGUCAUUUUGAGCAUUUUGUUUGAAAUUUUUUCAAACAAAAAUUUAGCCCCCGAAACUAGUUUUACUUGGAUGCGUGAAAUUCAGUAGAUGUGUCGAUCCCGGGUUAAUUCACCAAAAAGUCUCGAGGUCAUGCCGUGAAAUAAAGUUUUAUGUAGAAAGGAUACAUUUAGGGUCAUCUUGGACAUGUUUCGGUAGUACUGUAGUAAUUUGAAUUUUGGGUGGGGAAAAAAAAAAUCAGCCCCCGAAGCCAGUUUUAUUUGGCCGCGCGAAAUUUGGUAGAUAUGUCUAUCACAGGUAAAUUCACCAAAAAGUCUCAAGAACCUAUGCUGUAAAACGAACUGUUUUGGUCUGAAAGGAUGAUUUUUAGGGUGAUAUUAGUCCCAUAUAGACUAAGAUGUAGUCCUAAGUACUUUAAUAUCAUUUAAUUUUUUUAAUUUAGAUUAUUUUUUUCUUCCUCAAAAUCACAAGUGUUAGCUUGAUAGCUAGCCUGGUACUUCUGCAGUUGAGUGAACAAAACGCUCCAGCUGCUCUAUGACGAAAUCCGAUAUUUGUAAAUGAAACAUCCAACACCAGCUUUACCCAACGUCAUUGUGUAGCCGACUGUUUUUCCCGCCUGUAACCCCUCGUUUUCCACGUAAAAGAGGUUCAAGUAGUUCCUCCGAUGUCCUCUUUGCCCGUCUUGUUGCACUUUACAGCCUUCCAGUGAGUGUGAAAGAACUUUAAAACAAGGGACUUGAAACUUUUGAAUAAGGCGCAUGACUUGCGCUCGCUUGUUGUGGUAUUUGAUGCCCAGGGGGACCAAUCUUGGUAUAUAUUGCACACUGUCUAGCAGACAAGAUCAUGGCUAUUUUCUUACAUGAAUGUGUAUGAUGGGCAAAAUGUCCCCAUUAACGUUGAUGCAUGUGUACGCCUUGUGUCGGAAUAAAAAUCCAGGUUGCAAUAUCA